GGCGGGUUGCUCUCUUUGGUGAAUUCUCUGCCUCCACUCUAACGAGCGCAGUCUGUAGUUGCGUGUUCACAGCUGGUCUCUCCUCAGCUCAGUCAGUCAUCCAGCAAGCCUCCUGUACCACCACACGCACUGUACACUAGAUCCUGGAUUUGAUCAGAAAUGUUUUUCUGUAGAUCGGCUUGGCAGAGACUGGGGCUCCUGUCACGAAUGACAGUCGCCCUACCCUUAUCCAGAAAUGUGGUUCCAGUGCGGCAGAUGUCCGUCGGGAUCCCCGGUGGCUCUGCCACCAACGUGGCGUACGCCGUUCUGUGUGGAGGAGGCCUCACUGCCGCUGUGGUCUACGCUUACAAGACAGUGAAUGGUGACAGUGAGCGGUACAAUGACCGACUCGCCGAGAUGAACUUGAGGCCCAAGGAAGCAGCACCAGCAGCAGAGGAAGCAGCACCAGCAGCAGAGGAAGCAGCACCAGCAGCAGAUGAAGCAGCAGAGGAAGCAGCACCAGCAGCAGAGGAAGUUGAAUCCCCAGAAGAACCGGCACCAGUAGAAGCAGAGGUGUUAGCCGAGGUGGUCGCUGAGACUGCCGCAGUCGAGGAGACGCCUGCAGCAGCAGAGGAAGUCGUGGCAGAGGUCGCAGCCAAAUCCGUCGCUGUCCUAGAGGCGGUUGCAGAGGUUGCUUCGGAACCAGAGGUCGUCGCAGUUGAGGAGGCGCCCGCAGUGGAAGUUGCCGUGGUUACGGAAGAAGCUGCACCGGAGGCUGUCGCAGAGGACGUCACAGAUGCGGCUCCUGGCGUCGUGGAAGAGGCCGCCGGUGAGGAAGUAGUGGCCGAAGUAGUGGCCGAAGUAGUGGCCGAGACGGCUCCCACCGCCCCUGAGGCAGAAGCAGCCCCUGCCGCCGAAGUAGCAGCAUGAGGGGUCAAAGGUCAACCUAGAGGGGUGUGUUUAGCUGUGGUGUGUCCCUCUUACUACUACCCCCCUCUCACAGGCCCCCUCUACACCCUAUUCCCUAUGUAGUGCACUGCUUUCCCUGGUUUAAAGUAGCACCCUACGUACGGAAUAGGGUACCUUUCUGGAUCACAGCCCCCUAUCUACUAGCACAUGUUACAAUAGGAAGCAGGAGGUGGACUAUGUUCUGUUGAAGAACACUUUAGUUAGGGAUGAUGUCAUGGUGACGGGGACAGCUGUCUCUUCUCAUUUCUGACUCCUUUACACCACAGCUAAAUACAAAGGCGUUUCAGGUUUUUAAAUCAUUCCCGCUCUAUUUGUCAAACAAUAUGGUCCUAUUUAUCAGUGGGGACAGGAGUGGUUUUUUCUGGUCGGGUCAUGGUUGUUGGGGAAAACUCCUGGCUCUGUUUUUCUGAGGAGUUCCUAGGUGUUAAAGGGGAAGUAAAGGGAGAUAUUGGAUUUAUGAUGGUACAUGUUGUCCUGACCCACAAACCUAUGUGCCUCUGAAAUGGCACCCUAAUCCCUAUAUAGGGCCCAUAGGCUCUGGUACAUUGUCACUAUAUAGGGAAUAGGUUGCCUUUUUUUGGACACUUCUAAUGUAAAGUUUUCCCAAGUGGCCCUUAGAAAUCAGGACAGAAAAUGGCAACUUCUUUUCCUUCACUUUUGUCUGAAUGACUUUGUCCCUUAAGAUUCCAGAUGGAUGGCGGAGUUCUACAUAAUGUCAGUCUGCCAUCUUGGCUUUGUUAGAGUUUGCUGUCCAUUUUGACGAUGCGUUGAACGUGCUCCAAAUUCAGAUUGAAAGGAAGGUCAUGUUAUGAACCUCGAGACGAUAAGCACUUCAAGCAGGUUAAAUGGUUAUUAUGCAAGUAAUAAAUAUACCAGUCAGAGAAGCAUUUUAAUUGCUUUGUGAACUGCAUCUUAUUGUGAAAUGUGACCAAAAAACUGCUAGCUCCUUCCUCCUCCCUGCUCUCUCCUCCUCCUCCUCUAAGUGCUGCUCACACCUCUCCCUAGGAUAAGCUCUAGAAGGAUUAGUCAGUGAUGUCAUAAAGCUCCGUGUUCCAGUGCCCAAAUGGAACUCCCAGUGAUUGGAACUUUGGGGAUCAGUUGGUUCUGUGUCCUCACUGAUCUCUUUAUGACAUCAUUUCUGUCUGAUCCUUCUUAUCACGUCCUAGACACUGUGCCAGGGAGAAGUCUGCCCCCACCAAGCACAGAUAAGGGAUCACUUCCCCCCCUGCCCCCAAUGCUGAGCAAAUAGGGCUGCAACCAGUGGUUCCGGAAGUGGAUUCUCAACCCUCAAAACCCGUAGUGGUAUCAAAUAUUAGCAAUAUUACUGUGCAACGAAGAUGUUCUAUUUUCAACCGAGAUUGCAAAACAAUUUCUUAUUGUUGAUGUAGUGGCCAUCGGUUAUGAAUGUUUAAACCUCUGAGAAAUCAUGUUUGUAUUGUCAGUUUGUUUCAAAGAGCACCAAAGCCUCCACUCACCAUGGAGCCUCGCGGUCUGUAUUGUCCAAUCACAGAGCAGAUCCAAGUCACGUGAUCUGUUAGCACCACAUAAUGUGGCAUCGAACAGAUCACGUGACUUGGAUCUGCUCUGUGGUUGGAUGAUACUACAGCUAUCGCGUACCAUCAUGUGUUCGCUAACAAACCACAUUACUUGUGUUCUGCUCUGUGAUUGGAUGACACAGACCCCACCCCCCGCUACACUUUUAGUGUUUUAAAAUGUUUUAAAGCCA